GGACUAACCUUCUUAGAUCCAUUUGACACCAAUGAAUUCAUCAAGUACAGAAACGAGAACCUUUUCUACCCUUUUGCAUCCAAGGAAGAGUGGGAAAUCACUGAUUUCCUUCUGUGUUCACCCCUUAGCAUGGCAGCGAUUGACGUGUUCCUGAAGCUUUCUCUGAUCCAAAAACUACACCUUUCAUUCAGCAAUGCUAGAGAGUUGCGAAGCCAUGCGGAGAUGCUUCCUAGCAGACCAAGCUGGAAGUGUCAGAUCAUCCCCUCCACCUAUCCCAUGAAAUAUCUGAUUCAAUUGUUUUGGAGAGACCCUGUCAAAUGCCUAGAGGGUCUUUUCUCCAACCCACUUUUCCAUGACAAGCUUGAUUUUACCCCUCAUUGUGUUUACACAAUGGCAGUGCAUCUUGUGCAGGUAUACUCAGAAUGGAUGACGGGUGAUGCUGCUUGGGAAAUGCAGACUCAGUUUCCUAGAGGUGCUACAGUUCUUGGCACUGUACUGUCCUCUGACAAAAAAAAUAUCACUACCAUGACUGGUGCCAGACUCGCUCAUCUGCUUCUUCUGAGACUCGCUAACAUAUAC